GUUGAAAGAAUUGGGACGCGGCCCAACGGCGCCACUGUUUGAAAACUACGGGUCGUUGUUCCGUUUUGUGUUGUUGAGCAUUACUGUUUUCUACGCAUUCCCAUCUAUUAGAUAAGUGAAAAUCCGUUUGGGGGAAGUUAUGGGUGUUCACGAGCUGUGGUCCAUCGUCGAGCCGGUUCGUGAGUCGGUGCCGCUGUACAGUUUGAGCGGAAAGACACUGGCAGUUGAUCUGAGUCUGUGGGUGUGCGAGGCCCAGCAUGUCCAGGCUAUGAUGGGGAGAGUUACCAAGCCCCACCUGAGGAAUUUAUUUUUCAGGGUGUCAUCCCUCACGCUUAUGGGGGUGAAGCUUGUCUUUGUGAUGGAGGGAGAAGCCCCUAAACUUAAAGCAGAAACCAUGAGCAGGAGGGCAGAAACAAGAUAUGGGGGAUUCAAAAAGGCCUCUGCCCCUAAAGCUGCUACAAAGACCAGCAGAGGGCGCUUCAAUGCUGUACUUAGAGAGUGUGCAGAGAUGUUGGACUAUCUGGGUGUGCCAUGGGUGACAGCUGCUGGGGAGGCCGAGGCCAUGUGUGCCUACCUGGACUCUCAAGGCCUGGUGGACGGCUGCAUCACUAAUGAUGGAGAUGCCUUCCUAUAUGGAGCCCGGACUGUCUACAGGAACUUCAAUAUGAACAGUAAAGACCCUCAGGUGGACUGCUACAAGACCUCAAGGGUACAAACAGAGUUACAUCUCACCAGAGAGAAUCUAGUUGGUCUUGCCAUCUUUCUUGGCUGUGAUUAUAUUCCUAAGGGCAUACCAGGUGUUGGUAAAGAGCAAGCUCUGAGGCUUAUUCAGAUGCUGAAAGGACAAACACUCCUGCAGAGGUUCAUCCAGUGGAAGGAGGAGAACGUGGGGGUGUCUGAGGGAGUUGUGAAGAAGGUUCCUCACUGCAACUUGUGUCGACAUCCUGGGUCAGCAAAGGCACAUGAACGUGGCGGCUGUGUGCUUUGUGACAGUAAACGUUUCUGUCAACCUCAGGACUUUGACUACCAGUGUCCCUGUGACUGGCAUCGCCAUGAACAGACUCGGCAGGCUGUGUCCUUUGAGGCAAAUGUCAGAAGGAAAACACUGGCGAGUGAACAGUUCCCUUUUACAGAGAUCAUUAACGAGUUCCUGAUUUCCAAGGAUAAACCUGUGUCACAUUUCAAGAGGAGACAGCCAAAUAUGCUGAUGAUGCAGAAAUUUGCCCAUGACAAGAUGGAGUGGCCGAGGCACUACACCAGUGAAAAGGUUUUAGUCCUGAUGACUUACGCAGAACUGAUGAACAGAAAAUAUGGAAGAGAAAUGUCCUCCCAAGUCAAACCCCUCAGAAUAUUGAAACCGAGGGUGAGGAAUGCUGUCGCCUGCUUCGAAGUCAUCUGGAGCGUACCAGAUCAUUAUGCGUUUCCUGAGGAUCGGCCUGCAGACGAUCAACAUGAGGUGAGGACGGUGGAAGAAGAGUCUCUCUUCCGUGUGGCCUUUCCAGAAGUGGUGGAGAACUACCUUAGAGACAAAGCUCUGGCCGAAGAGAACAAGACCAAGAAGAGAAAACCAAAGAGUAAAAAGGAGAAGCCAUCUGAUGUCUCUGAUGGUAUUUCUGACCUCUUGGCACAGAUGACCCUUCAGAGUUCCUCUUACACUCAACCACAUGUGCUGCUCCCGACUGUUUCAACCACAGAUAAACCAGAAGUGGUGGUUGUGGACACUCCAGUGAACUAUAAACAGCAUUGGAAGUCAAAAGAAGACCACAGCAGUCUGGGUGAUUGCCCGAGUACUCCUCUGUCUCAUGGAGAAUCAGAGGCUGCUGCUGCAUCACCCUCUGUCUCUGCUGUUAUCGACGCUCUCCACCUGAGUGAUAUUGACUGGGAGGCUUUGUCCUUCACAUCCUCUCCAACCCCACAAUCAGCUAAUAACCACACCGCUGAGCCCAAGCUGAGCAAAACCACAGACAGUGGUGUCAGGGAAACAGAGGGCGAAAACACCAAGCAGAAAACCUCAAGUGACGUCAGAGAAGCAGACUCCAGAUCUGCUCUAGAGUUGUGCUACACAGAGUGUCCUCUAAGGGACAGGCUGCUCAUGAGGAACACUGCCAAAGCUAUACACCAGAAGGAGAUACACACUGACGUGGUCUCGAAACAACUAAAUCAUGAGUCAUCCUCUCUCAAAUACAUUUCUCCUCAUAACUCAAGUGGCCAGAUCCCCAGUAAAGGUACAGGUGACAGUAAAUUGUCAGGAGAGAAAUCUGCUGUGUACAAAAAAGAGCCGUUGACUGACAAAACACAGUGUACAUCAAACAAGGAAGAAACUCACAGUUCAAAACAGCAGUUGAGGCCUGCAGCUCAAAGUAAGACAAAGGACAAAUGUAACAUCUCCCAAAAGCCCCCUCACAAAUACAAAUUUGUCAGAAAAGCCAUUUCAUCAUCGCUUGUCCCACGGCAGAGGUGCCACUCUGACCCAAGUCAAACUGACAUAGACAGGAACACGUCUCAGAGCACCAAGAAGAGUGUGUGUAUGAGCCUGCGUUCAUCCAGCGAGGAAAGUGAUGCAGAGAACCGGCAGUCUGGACCUCAGAGAAAAGCUAAAAUCAAGCCCACAAACAAAAUCAUUAUCUCAGAUUUCCCCCUGAAACCUAAAUCAACCAAACCAGCUGCAAAAACAGCUCCUACCACUCAGUUAUUACCAGCAAAAUCUCAGAUCUUAAUUGCAGACAGCGAGAUUAACAUCCUACCUGUAGCAACUAAAAGCAAAUGCCAGGAUGUCUCACCAGCUCAUGUGGAUGUAGAUGUGUUCCCUCAGACUCCUGCAUCACCUGUCAUUGUGUUAGAUAGCGAUGACUCAGUUAUUUGUGGUGAGAGUCCACUGCCACUGGCAGAGAGACUGAGACUGAAGUUCCAGAAGUGAACAGCACGAUAACAGGAUGAUGGACAACAGCAUGAAAGCUAUUUUAUGUCAAAUCGUGAAGUUUUGAAGUACAGUUUAACAAAUAACUCUUAUCUCAAGGUCGGCCUACUAGCUUUUAAAAGAAGAGCUGCAGCAAUUAGUGGAUGAAGAAACUGACAGAAAAUUGAUCGGCAACUCUUUUGAUAAUUCAAUAAUCGUUUAAAAGUAUACUAUGCAGGAUUUUCCUACACAAGAGAGACUUUAUGUGUUCCUGAUGUUUAUGUGCAUGUACCUCCACAGCGCUCAGGUGAGGUUGGAGCCUGAUAUGAAGGUAGUGACCAGGUGCCAACCAUAAGCAGCAGGCAUCCAAGAAACAGCACUGAAAAAAUACCUAAAUUUAGCGAGUAGAAAUGUCAAACAAGUGUGAAUCCAGGGUUUGAUUUUUACUUUCAUUUUCGCUGGUGAGUGUGUUCAGAAACAGAAACCAACAUUCCUACAUAGUAUACCUUUUGAGUAAUUUUUCAAGCUCAUAAGUCAAACUUUUGAUGAUUCUAGCCUCUCAGAUAUGAGAAUUUGAUGUUUUUCCUUGUCUUAACUUUAAUAAAAAUUUGAAUGUAUUUGAGGUUUGGACUGUAGAUCACACAAAACAAGACAUUCGAUGACAUCAGCUUGGGAUUUGGAAACUGAUCAGUGUUUUUCUUAGUUUCAUGUACCAAACAAUUAACCAAUUAAGUAAAAGUUAGUCUAAGCUUUGCUGCCACCUGUUACUGUAAUCCAAAAUGGAACUGUUUCUGUAAAACAGUGGGAAAAGUUGUGUAUAAACACAGUUUCAAAGGUCCAGUGUGUAACAUAUAGGGGGAUGUAGUGGCAUCCAGCAGUGAGGAUUGCAGAUUGUAACCAGCUGAAACUUCUCCUGGUUAGAAUUUCUUCAGUUUCCAUUGUUCAGGAGGUUAUUUAUGGGAGCUGAAUUAUCCACAAGGGUGUCCUCCUCUCCAAAACAAACGAACCAGGUAAUUUAAACUGGUAAAAACACUGAAUAAAGCUGUUUCAUGUUAAAAGAAAUCAGUAUUUUUCAGACAGUGAGACACAGAGACAUGGCGGUGCGAGGACCUGCUCCCUAUGUAGAUAUAAACCGCUCAUUUUAGGGUAAUGAAAAUGCAAAGAUUCUUAUUUUUCUGUAAUUAUACACUAAAGAAAAAAGUACAUCAUCCUCCAUUUCUGCCAAUAUAUCCCCCUAAAUCCUACACACUGAAUCUUUGAGUAGUAAGUGUGGACUAUGAGUGACAUGUGGUUUGACAGCUCCAGAAAAAGCUACUAAUUGGACCUUGAGUCAAACAUUUUUAUCUGGCAA